GUGGUGAUGCCGCGGGGCCUGCGCUUCUACGAGAGAGGGCCGUUCUCGGGUGACAAGAGCACUCAGCCGCGCUCCUACCCCAUGGUCAUCACCGACACGGUGGGCACCAAGGUGUAUGUGACGGUGGUGGCGUUCCGUGACCCGGUGGAGGAGGACGUGGCGGAGGCGUGGGGCAUCCCCGCCUCGCACUACGUGGACAAGUGCCUGUGCCUCGUGUCGCACUGGCCCUUCUUCCACACCUUCACCCAGGCGCUCGAGGAGAUCCACCGCAUGUGCUUCUGCACCGCCGGCUGCACGCAGCCGGUGUGGGAGCUGGUGCAGCAUCUGGUCACAGCAGUGCCGCUGCCCGACCCCGGCCGGCGAUCGGUGGUGUUUUCUGUGGAGAAGUGCCUGCUCUUCUGCGAGGCGCCGCCGCCCGCCACGCUGCCCGCCGUGCAGCUGUCGUUCCACCUGUUGGUGCGCAGUCUGCACGCGGACAACGUCAUUCUGCUCGUGUUAACCUCGUUGUCGUUCCACCCGCUGGUGCGCAGCCUGGACGUGGACAACAUCAUUCUGCUCGUCACCGCCGUGCUGCUCGAGAAGCGCAUCCUCCUCCGCGCCACCCAGUACGAGCUGCUGACGCUGGUGGCGGAGUCGGUGUCUCACCUCAUCUACCCCUUCAAGUGGGCGUACCCCUACACGCCCGUGCUGCCACUCAACAAGCUGGAGCUCGUGCACAUGCCAGGAAGCUUCCUCUUCGGCAUUGUGCCCACGAGGUGGACGGACCACGACCUACCAGGCGGGGUGAUGGUGGUGGACCUGGACGCCAACCGCAUCGCCAUCACCACCAGCGGCUACGACGACGAUGGAGACACCAUUCCCCCGCUGCCCGAGCCCGAGAACGCGCAGGUGCGUGCCCUGGGGGGUUCGGGAGGCGUUGCUGCAGCUGGUGGCGCCGGACCUGAUGGCGUUGGACCAGGCGCGCACACGCGACUUCAGCUGCGACCUGCACAAGUUCAGACGGCCCUGGGGGCGCCUGCACGACCGCGAGAUCCGGUGAUGAUGUAUGAUGGUGGUGAGGUGAUGAUGUAUGAUGGUGGUGAGGUGAUGAUGUAUGAUGGUGGUGAGGUGAUGAUGUAUGAUGGUGGUGAGAUGAUGUAUGAUGGUGGUGAGGUGAUGAUGUAUGAUGGUGGUGAGGUGAUGAUGUAUGAUGUUGGUGAGGUGAUGAUGUAUGAUGGUGGUGAGGUGAUGAUGUAUGAUGUUGGUGAGGUGAUGAUGUAUGAUGGUGGUGAGGUGAUGAUGUAUGAUGGUGGUGAGGUGAUGAUGUAUGAUGGUGGUGAGGUGAUGAUGUAUGAUGGUGGUGAGGUGAUGAUGUAUGAUGGUGGUGAGGUGAUGAUGUAUGAUGGUGGUGAGGUGAUGAUGUAUGAUGGUGGUGAGGUGAUGAUGUAUGAUGGUGGUGAGGUGAUGAUGUAUGAUGGUGGUGAGGUGAUGAUGUAUGAUGGUGGUGAGGUGAUGAUGUAUGAUGGUGGUGAGGUGAUGAUGUAUGAUGGUGGUGAGGUGAUGAUGUAUGAUGGUGGUGAGGUGAUGAUGUAUGAUGGUGGUGAGGUGAUGAUGUAUGAUGGUGGUGAGGUGAUGAUGUAUGAUGGUGGUGAGGUGAUGAUGUAUGAUGGUGGUGAGGUGAUGAUGUAUGAUGGUGGUGAGGUGAUGAUGUAUGAUGGUGGUGAGGUGAUGAUGUAUGAUGGUGGUGAGGUGAUGAUGUAUGAUGGUGGUGAGGUGAUGAUGUAUGAUGGUGGUGAGGUGAUGAUGUAUGAUGGUGGUGAGGUGAUGAUGUAUGAUGGUGGUGAGGUGAUGAUGUAUGAUGGUGGUGAGGUGAUGAUGUAUGAUGGUGGUGAGGUGAUGAUGUAUGAUGGUGGUGAGGUGAUGAUGUAUGAUGGUGGUGAGGUGAUGAUGUAUGAUGGUGGUGAGGUGAUGAUGUAUGAUGGUGGUGAGGUGAUGAUGUAUGAUGGUGGUGAGGUGAUGAUGUAUGAUGGUGGUGAGGUGAUGAUGUAUGAUGGUGGUGAGGUGAUGAUGUAUGAUGGUGGUGAGGUGAUGAUGUAUGAUGGUGGUGAGGUGAUGAUGUAUGAUGGUGGUGAGGUGAUGAUGUAUGAUGGUGGUGAGGUGAUGAUGUAUGAUGGUGGUGAGGUGAUGAUGUAUGAUGGUGGUGAGGUGAUGAUGUAUGAUGGUGGUGAGGUGAUGAUGUAUGAUGGUGGUGAGGUGAUGAUGUAUGAUGGUGGUGAGGUGAUGAUGUAUGAUGGUGGUGAGGUGAUGAUGUAUGAUGGUGGUGAGGUGAUGAUGUAUGAUGGUGGUGAGGUGAUGAUGUAUGAUGGUGGUGAGGUGAUGAUGUAUGAUGGUGGUGAGGUGAUGAUGUAUGAUGGUGGUGAGGUGAUGAUGUAUGAUGGUGGUGAGGUGAUGAUGUAUGAUGGUGGUGAGGUGAUGAUGUAUGAUGGUGGUGAGGUGAUGAUGUAUGAUGGUGGUGAGGUGAUGAUGUAUGAUGGUGGUGAGGUGAUGAUGUAUGAUGGUGGUGAGGUGAUGAUGUAUGAUGGUGGUGAGGUGAUGAUGUAUGAUGGUGGUGAGGUGAUGAUGUAUGAUGGUGGUGAGGUGAUGAUGUAUGAUGGUGGUGAGGUGAUGAUGUAUGAUGGUGGUGAGGUGAUGAUGUAUGAUGGUGGUGAGGUGAUGAUGUAUGAUGGUGGUGAGGUGAUGAUGUAUGAUGGUGGUGAGGUGAUGAUGUAUGAUGGUGGUGAGGUGAUGAUGUAUGAUGGUGGUGAGGUGAUGAUGUAUGAUGGUGGUGAGGUGAUGAUGUAUGAUGGUGGUGAGGUGAUGAUGUAUGAUGGUGGUGAGGUGAUGAUGUAUGAUGGUGGUGAGGUGAUGAUGUAUGAUGGUGGUGAGGUGAUGAUGUAUGAUGGUGGUGAGGUGAUGAUGUAUGAUGGUGGUGAGGUGAUGAUGUAUGAUGGUGGUGAGGUGAUGAUGUAUGAUGGUGGUGAGGUGAUGAUGUAUGAUGGUGGUGAGGUGAUGAUGUAUGAUGGUGGUGAGGUGAUGAUGUAUGAUGGUGGUGAGGGUGCCGGGGGCCGCCUGCACGCCCGUGAGAUCCGAUUAAUCUUCUUUCGCUUCUUCGCCUCCAUCCUCUGCAGCUACAGACAUUUUGUGGUACGUUGCGGGCAAGGUGGUGGAGCCAUCGGCGCACGUCAAUUCCAUUUUGAGACGUCUCAAAAGUCACCGUCUCUCCGCUCAUCCCAUCCCGCCCUCGCCCCCUGUGCUGUGGCCGCACAGGACAAGGUGGUGGAGCCGUCAGGCCACGUCAAGUCGACGUUCAACAAGGCCAGCUUCUUCCGCAAGCGAGCCAAGGUCACCGGCAACACCGACGAGCCCCUCGUGAGUGCCACGCAGGAGGAAGGGGCUCUCAUCAGUGCACAGCCGUCUUCGAUAUCGCAGCUGCUGCACACGCAGUGCUGGCAGCAGUUCCUGGACGGCAGCAGCAGCGGCGUGGCGUCAUUCUUCGACCGUGCGCUGGUGGAGCUGGAGGCGCUCGACAUCGCCACCGGCCCCGCCAUGGCGUCUGUGGACCUCGCUGAUGAUGACGGGGCGCCCGAGAUCGUCACCGUGCCGCCGCCCACGCCCAAAGAGCGGGCAGGGGUGCGGUACUCGCACCGGGCGUUCCCUCAUGGAGCGCAGUGCAGAGGAGAAGCAGCUUUUGAGACGCCCCGAAAUCCCUCUGUCCCGCUCCUAACACACUCCCCACCCCGUUCCAUUCUCCCCACCAUGGCAGAGCGGGCGGGGGGGCGGUACACGCACCGGGCGUUCCCGUCGUUGGAGCGCAGUGCGGAGGAGAAGCAGCGGCGCUACGAGUUCCUGCAGCAGGUGCGCCUCGCCGCUGACGCCCAACACAACUCCGAGGCGCGCCGCGUCGUCAGCUCGGAUGUGGAGGAGGCGGUGGUGCUGGAGGAGAGGAGCCGCGGCACCAACAGACUGCGCGAGCAGGAGAAGCUAUGGGACCAGCUGCUGGCGCUGCCACCGGACGAGGAGCCGCUGUCGUCACGGGAGUACGGCACCAUCUAUGGUGAGAUGCUGUGUGUGUGCGUAGUGGCCCAUGGCAUGGCCGUGCAUGGGCAGCAGGAGCAAGGACGCCAUGAGCACUGCCCACAGCAGCACCGCCUUCCCCAGCAGCAUGUCACACUGGCGCCGUCACUUGCUGCACCCCCACCUCCAUUCGCUUCGUCUGUCCGUCCCCGUGUGCUCCCUCUCUCACCACUUGUCAUGACCUAUCUCUUCUCGAUGAUGGAGGACGAGGAUGGCGUGGGGAGCUCUGGAUUCAUGGAGGUGCUACAGGACAAACUGCAGUCCAAGGCGUGGGGAGGCGAGCUCAAGGCGGACCUCUUUGUGGCUGUGCGCGAGCUGGUGGUGCUAUCAAUAUCGCGGGCCGCCAUGCGCAGUGACAUGCAGUCGGUGCUGGCAGCGUUGGAGCUGGCGGGGGCGGUGCACCAGAGGGACGGCGCGGGCCACAAGGACACCGUGCUCCGCCACAUCGGCGCCCUGCCCAUCUGGAAGGACUUCCGGUCGUCGGCAGCAGCCCCUCAUGUCUUUGUUGCUCGUUGCCUCUGUCCAUCAUCUCCCAUGCGUGCCUUACUGAAGCCAUCUGCUGCCUGCCUCUUGCCCAACUCGCACUCCCCUCCUGCCUCUCACAUCCAGCACCACCUUUCAUGGUUCUGGAAGACGUAUCACGACACACAGCUGGAAGUCAACCCCGACUUGUACGCGCGCCACUCACCCCCUCGCCCUCACCCACACCCUGCUCUCGCCACUUCCACCUUGCGCUGCUCUCGUCACUUCCACCUUGCCCUGCUCUCGCCACUUCCACCUUGCGCUGCUCUCGCCACUUCCACCUUGCCCUGCUCUCGCCACUUCCACCUUGCGCUGCUCUCGCCACUUCCACCUUGCCCUGCUCUCGCCACUUCCACCUUGCCCUGCUCUUGCCACUUCCACCUUGCGCUGCUCUCGCCACUUCCACCUUGCCCUGCUCUCGCCACUUCCACCUUGCGCUGCUCUCGCCACUUCCACAUUGCCCUGCUCUCGCCACUUCCACCUUGCGCUGCUCUCGCCUCCCCCAAGCAUCUUCUUACCACCGCCGGCCCUUUAGCCCUCCGCCCCUUUCUUCCUCUUCUCUUUUCGUCCCUGUCCUUGCCUCCCCUUCCCCCCCCUGUGCCUUCACAUGCUCUUUCAACCACGCUACGCCCCACACGCUGUGCUGUGCGCAUUGCAUGCAUCCCUGCAUCCACUGCUGCUUGCAUCUCUCCUCCCUCGCCCUCCCUCCUGCACUUUCCUCUCGCUUGUCUCAUCGCCUCCUCCCAUCUACGCUCUCACCUUGUCCCACCAUCUCGCAUCAUGCCAUCUCGCAUCAUGCCAUCUCGCAUCAUGCCAUCUCGCAUCAUGCCAUCUCGCAUCAUGCCAUCUCGCAUCAUGCCAUCUCGCAUCAUGCCAUCUCGCAUCAUGCCAUCUAGCAUCAUGCCAUCUCGCAUCAUGCCAUCUCGCAUCAUGCCAUCUCGCAUCAUGCCAUCUCGCAUCAUGCCAUCUCGCAUCAUGCCAUCUCGCAUCAUGCCAUCUCGCAUCAUGCCAUCUCGCAUCAUGCCAUCUCGCAUCAUGCCAUCUCGCAUCAUGCCAUCUCGCAUCAUGCCAUCUCGCAUCAUGCCAUCUCGCAUCAUGCCAUCUCUCAUCAUGCCCAUUCCUCAACUUGUUUCUUCCUCUCCCCUCCCAAUUUCUCUCCCACGCCCCCUUCCUGCCCUACCUGUGCGAGGGCAGGCGGAGAUGGGGCUGGUGGACGGGGACGCGUGGGCCAUGCUUGAGGUGCUCUCCAGCCGCCUCAGCCUCAAACGCCAGAUAGUGCUGCGAGGCCAGCUGGCGUUGCUGCAGCACGCGUGGCAGUACUACCCACUCUCGCCCACCUCGCCUCUCUUCUCCGCCACCUUCGCCCGCCACACCCACGCCACCCCGGGCACCGUUGAGGAGGGCGGCGGCGAGGGCGCGGGCGGCGGCGGGGCGGGCGGCGAGAGCCAGCUGACGACAGCACUGGGGACGGCGGCGGGGAGGUGGAUGAGCACGCUGGGGAACCUGAACCUGGGCAACUUCCAGAAGCAGCAGGAGAAGUUGCUGCAGGGGGGCGGGGGGUCUCAGCGCAUCGGAGUGUUUGACUCGGAGGGCGGCAAAGAGCGGCCGGGGGUGACAGCAUCCAAGUCGCUGCGCCACUCGCACGCGCAGGGGAGGGGCGCCACGGGGGUGCGCGUUCUCCGGGGCCACAAGCAGCCAAUCACAGCGCUCCACGCGGGCACGCGCAGCGAGCUGGGCGAUCUGCUGCCGGACGGCGAGGACGGUGCGGGGUACUUUGUGAGCGGCAGCUGUGAUACGAGUGUAAAGCUGUGGGACCCCAGCACGCGGGGGGAUGAGCUGCGCACCACCAUGCACGGCCACACUGGCCCGGUGCGGUGUGUGGGGUCGGACGCCACGAGGGUGCUGUCAGGCGGCGACGACAAGCGCCUGCUCGUGUUUGACAAGGCCACCGCACGCAUGCUGGCGGACCUGCGCGGCCACCACCAAAGUAUCAUAGCGCUGCGCAUGCUGCCGGGGCUGAACAAGGGCAGUGUGGUGACGGCGGGCAGGGAGGGGCAGGUGAACCUGUGGGACACGCGCACGGACCACAUCGCCUCCACGCUCUUCACGUGCCCCUCGCCCCACAUGAUCCUCGCCCUUGACUACCUGGACCACGCUGGCAUCCUCGUUGCCGCUGGCACCCAGGGCAUCUGCUAUGUGUGGGACGUGCGGGCAGGCAAGGAGCGGUUCCAACUAGAAGGCCACACCAACUGGGUCAGGGCGGUGCGGGUGGCAGGGGACGUGGUGGUGACGGGCAGUGAUGACUGGACGGCGAGGGUGUGGACGCUGAACGAUGGCGAGUGUGAGGCGACGGUGGCAUGCCAUGCGGGGCCCGUCACCGCUGUGGACUACGUCACGGCGUCGCGCGGCUUCAUCACCGGCUCGGCUGACUGCACCGUGCGCCUCUGGGACCGCGGCGAUGGGGUGCAGCCGCGGUGUGUGAAGACACUGACGAACCACACGGCGCCCAUAGUGGCGGUGCGAGCCUCGGACCGCUACGUCACCAUGGCAGCGGAGGACGACUCGCUCUCCCUGCUUCACCGCCCCUUCGCCGACCGCUCCUCCCCCUCGCUGGGGCCGCUGGGCGGGCCGGGCAGCAUGAGCAACGGCGCGCGCGGCUACGUGGGCAGCGUGGGGGUGAUGACGGACUGGCAGCUCGCCAGACACCUCAACCGCGCCCCCGACCUCGUGAGUGCUGCCCUCCCACAUGUGCUGUGCCCUGCCAUGUCUCCCAUCCGGCACGCGGCAUGCGAUGUGGACCGCGGGCGCAUUUGCACGGGUGCUCGCUCGGGAGUGCUGCGCGUGUGGGAGCCACCCACCCCCCUCGCUUGA